ACAUAUUUACAAAAUGCCCUAUUCAUUGAAGCAUGGUGUAAAUUUAUCGCGUCGAGCAUGUAGGCGGCCAAUUAUAAUUUACAUACUUUUGUUAAUGAUGGUAACAGCAAUCAAUAAUUAUGUGGCUGCUGAAACCACUGAUGAAGCUUUACCAAUAUCAUUACCAAUUGCACCCAGCACAGGUGGGCAUUUUACUCCUGAUCCAGAUAUGAUGAGUAAUAGCUUUGAAGAAACAUAUCCCGGUCUUCAGUUUGGACCAAUGGGACCAAAAGAUCGUGAUAGUACUGAUAAGAAACGUAAUCCAUCACCGGAAUUACGUACGGGCGGUUCAAAUGGUUAUAGUGACACUACACCAUUAAAUGGACAAGAUGGAUCCACGGAAUCUGGUGUUGAAACUAUUACGAAAAAAGAAAUUAAACGGUAUCCGAUUUUUGUAGUGGAAUUUCAUCGUGUUGAAACACCGUUUAUUAUUGGUUUAUGGAUUUUUUGUGCAAGUUUAGCUAAAAUAGGUUUUCAUAUGGCACCACAAUUAAAUAAAAUAUUUCCGGAAUCAUGUUUAUUAAUUUUUGUUGGUGUUGUAAUUGGUGUAUUAUUAUUUCAUACAACGGAUAGUGUUCAUGUAUCACCAUUAACACCAGACACGUUUUUUCUAUAUAUGUUACCACCGAUAAUAUUAGACGCUGGAUAUUUUAUGCCAAAUCGAUUAUUUUUUGAUCAUUUGGGAACGAUAUUAGUAUUUGCUGUGAUUGGUACUGUAUUUAAUACAUUGACAAUAGGUGCAUCAUUAUGGGCAUGCGGACAAACAGGACUCUUUAAUUGUGAUACACCCAUCCUAGAUAUGUGUUUAUUUGCUGCACUCAUAUCAGCUGUCGAUCCGGUAGCUGUUUUAGCUGUUUUUGAAGAAAUUCAUGUGAAUGAAAUCUUGUAUAUAGUUGUUUUUGGUGAAUCAUUAUUAAAUGAUGCUGUUACCGUUGUAUUAUAUCAUAUGUUUGAAGGGUAUAGUGAAAUGGGUCCAUCGAAUAUUUUGUAUACAGAUGUAUUAGCUGGGAUUGCAUCAUUUAUUGUUGUGGCCGUUGGUGGUACAGUGAUUGGUAUUGUAUGGGGUUUUGCAACGGGAUUUGUGACACGUUUUACAGAUGGAGUGCGUGUUAUUGAACCAAUAUUUAUAUUUGUUAUGGCAUAUUUAGCAUAUUUAAAUGCGGAAAUAUUUCAUAUGAGUGGAAUUUUAGCAAUAACCUUUUGUGGUAUAACAAUGAAAAAUUAUGUUGAAGGAAAUAUAUCACAUAAAUCACAUACAACCGUAAAAUAUGCAAUGAAAAUGUUAAGUAGUUCAUCAGAAACAAUUAUAUUUAUGUUUUUGGGUGUAGCAACAAUCAAUAGUAAACAUGUUUGGAAUACAUGGUUUGUCUUUCUAACCAUUAUUUUCUGCUCCGUUUAUCGUACAAUAGGUGUAAUAAUUUUAACAUACGUGGCAAAUCGAUUUCGUUUACAUAAAUUGGAUAAAGUGGAAAAAUUUGUUAUGUCCUAUGGUGGGCUUCGCGGUGCUGUAGCAUUUGCCUUAGUUUUACUUAUCGAUCCAAAACAUGUUCCACUACAACCAAUGUUCAUGACCACAACCAUUGCAGUCAUUUAUUUUACAGUAUUCUUUCAAGGUAUUACAAUAAAACCGUUGGUAAAAAUCCUAAAUGUUAAACGUGCUGAAAAACGUAAACCAACAAUGAAUGAACGAAUUCAUGAACGGUUUAUGGAUCAUUUAAUGGCAGGCGUAGAAGAAAUUUUAGGGAAACAUGGAAAUUAUCAUGUACGCGAUAGAUUUAAACGUUUCGAUAAUCAAUAUUUAAGACCAUUUAUAUUACGAAAUUAUCAAGGGGCAGAGCCAAAAAUCUUAGAAACAUAUUCAAAAUUAGCAAUGCGUGAUGCAAUGGAAUAUAUGAGACGCAAUGCAUCAACUAUUGGUAAUAUUAGUGGUACGGAAUCAAUGUCAGCAAUAUUUCGUAAUUAUACAGCGGGUAAUUUAAAUGGAAGUCCCAGUUUCAGCCAAUUAGAUUCGAGCACAUGGAAUAUUGACAUGCAAGAAUUGGAAUACAAUCCAUCAAAGAGGGAUUUAACCGAUGCCAAAAUACAUCACUUAUUAGCCGAAGAAUUAUGCAAACCAUACCGAAGACAUCGUAGAUUAAGUUAUAGUCGACACGCGGUGAAUGAUAAAGAUUUAUCUACACAAUUAAAUUAUCGUAUGCAUAUGAAUAUUCGUCGUAUGGUUGGUGAACGUAAGCAUCAUCACAAACGAAGUAAAAAAUUAAAUAAGGAUGGCAAACAAAAUCAUGUUAGUUUUCCGGAAUUUCAACAAAAUGGCUCAGCUAAACAAUUUUCGCAUGAUUACAUAAAUGAGGUAUUGCAUGAAAAUGAGGACGGGGAAACACAUGCAAUGAAAGAAGAUUGGGAUAGUCCAAUCACAUUUACCGCAAAAUCAUCACCAAGUGACGAGCCCCCUUUAAGUACUGGCACUGAGUGUAGUGGCAGUUUGCUAAGUCAGGGUGCGCUUAUUUCCGGAAAUGAAAUACGUCCUACAAGAUUCCCAACAGCUGCUGAAAUUUGUUUACCAUGGCGUCGAGAUAAAUCUAAUUACAACGUAACGGAGGAAGAUAUUUACGGUGAUGGAAUAAAACGAAUGUCUAAAGAAUCUGACGGUGGUGAUAUAAUUCGUGUUACAACACCCACAGCAACGGAGACAAUGUUACCGUGGAAACGUGACGAUGAGGGUGAAAAUACAACGGGUGGAUUACAACAGAAUGAAUUUCCAGCGUGGGCAUCUAAUAAAGAAUAUUUAGCAUAUAGUUCACCGUCCGCUACCUUUUUGGGUGGCAUUGAAAAUACAAAACAACCAUCAAUAAUUGGUUUAUUCCGUCGUGAAAGUACUGGGUCUGUACAUGGAAGUAGUUGUGAUUCAUCGCCAAGAACAGAACGAACCCAAGGAGGUCAAGCGGUUAUAUUAAUUGAAGAUGGUAAUAGUGAUCCAUUAGGUGUAAUACCAAGGCCCAUAAUGGGUGGUCCAGGCGGACCAAUGCCAACCACACCAAAUCCACGUCGACAAGUUCGACGUGGUUCAAUGUUGGAAUUAGGAGGUUCGGAACAAAAUGUUUCAAAAUCACUAACUCGUUAUAGAUCAUUGACAUGCGACUCAAUACCCGAAGAGUUACCACCAAAAUUACCACCUCCAGAAUUUUUUCGCGGUGGACGUUAUACUCCAAAACCGCCGAUACGUCGUCAACAAACCAUGGGUGUCGCAUUAUUAUCAUCGUCCUCAUCAGACACAUCAAUCGAUGAAGAAAAUGCCGAAGAUAGUAUUUUAGUGAAUAUUUAAAACUAAAAAAAUAAUAAUUUUUUAAGGCCAUAUUAUUAUUGUAUUUUUUUGUUUUUUUAUAGACUGGAAAUAUUGUUAGACUCUGAUACCGUUUUUAUUUUUUAUUUUUAAAUAAGACUUAAUUUUUAAGCUAAUAUGGACAAUAAUUAUUAGGCGCAUAAUUGCUAUGUAAUAUUACAAUUAAUAAUACAAUUUUUUUGGUAAGUAACG